AUGGCGCCCAAGAAGGGCAAACGGCCACAUGCGGGACCCAAGACUGCCCGGUUCACCAUGCGGGAUGAGGCUAGAAACACGACAUCCCAUCAACUCCUCUGGGGUACGAGUCUCAGGACGAACCCUGUCCAGUUUGUGAGUGCCGGCUACAUCGAGCCGCUCAAGCAGCCUGAGCUGUUACCUACUGCAUCCCCAACCUUGGUUGGGGUGGAUGCCGCAGAGGAGAUCCAGCUUCAGCUUGAUGAGAUUCAGGAAGCUACGGUUGAAGCCGUUGGAGAAAACUCAAAGCCGCUGGACAUCGACAUCAAACAAUCCGUGCCCAGCCGCAACGCUAGCACUCAUGACGAAACCGAUCGGGUUGCGAAGACAGAAGGGAAUGUUGAAGCGACCGAGCAGCUCUUUUUUUUCGAUUUAGCCAGGGACGAAACUAUGGUCGGCACAGAUCAACCGCCCGUGCCGAUUCCAGAUCGCCAGCCGCUUGCUGACCAUUCCGACUCGAGUGAGGAGAUUAUUCUCUUCAAAGGCAGAAACUCGCAUGUCCAGCCCACAGUCCAGCCGGUAUGCGAGCAAAGAAGCCAUGCUACCAGCAUUACUCAGCCACCCAAGGUUGGCAGUACCAAAGCCGUUGAAGCUUUCACGAGUACGAAGGUGGUCAUCGCAGCCAGGCCUGCUUCUGCGCAAGGAGGCAGGCCCACAUCCGCAUCCAAACAAAAGAGCUCAAAGCGGGACUCAAAGCGGGAUUCGAAGCGGGCUCAGAAAUACAUGGAGGAUGAUGACGAGGAUGAAAUCCUGGCUGACUAUAUCGCCAAUCUUGCGGACGACUCUGAUGGGGAUGACAUCCUCACUAGCCACCUCAGGACUUUCGCCAACCGCAGGGACCUAGGUGGAAAUGAGAAUGCUGUCAACUUCGGGGACGACUCGGAUGACAUGGAUGCCAUGUCUGAGACAGGCGGUAGCAACGCCAGCGAUGACAGUGAUGAAAACGAGCAAUUGGAUAUAGACGAAGAAGACAUCGACGACGAGACACUUGCUCGUCUCUUCGCUAAACAAGAGGAAUUGGGCAUGGGAAGCAAUGAACUGGUCCUGUUCUCAGAGGAGGCGGCUUUCAAUGUCCGAAAGGUCAAGAACAAGAAGCGUGCAGGCCGAACCGAAGGGUUUCCCAGUGCCACCGCAGUGGCGGAUGCAUUUGACGGUCUCGAGUUGACUGAUGGAUGGGUCAACCCCGGGUUUAUCCCACCAGGACGGAAUCGGCGCAGUAAACAACCUCCCAACUUCAAUGUGUCGGACUCUGAGAUUGAGCUAGUCUUAAAGACUGCAUGGCAGAAAGACAGAGAGAGGAAAAAGCAGCGCAAGCUCGAGCGGGAGGAAUUACGUGCCCAGGGCCUUUUGGGCAAACAUGCCAACCCCGACGACUUGCGCGUCAAGUAUCUCACUGGGAUGACACUUGACGACAUCAAAACUGAGCUUGUGGCAUUUCUCCUCACUACAGAAGAAAGUCUCCAAUUCCCCCCAAUGGAUAAACAGGCUCGCAAGGUUCUUCACGAAUUGGCCAACAAGUUCAAAAUCAAAUCCCAAUCAACGGGAAAGGGUGACCAGCGCCGUCCAAUUCUGUAUCGCACGAAAGCCACCUUGAGAUACAAAGAACACCGAAUUGAAGAAGUGGUCGCUCAUGUUGACCAGGCAGCGGUACGAAUCAACCGGAAGUACUUCCACCGACUUGAUGCGAAGGGCAAACCCUCGUACAAAACCCCGUCUGGUGGCGGCGGUGGACGUUCCGGUCACAAAGCCGUCACAGUACGUGAAGGUGAGAUUGUGGGAGCCUCAGCCCCAGAACUAGGCCAGGAGAAUAAGGGCCGCGCCAUGCUGGAAAAAAUGGGAUGGAGUAAGGGGAUGGGUCUCGGUAGCUUAGAUAACAAGGGAAUUCUGGAACCUGUGAAGCAGGUUGUCAAGCGGUCCAAGGCAGGUCUUGGAUAA